AUGCUCCGGAAACUCGGAUGUGGUGGGAGGUCAAGCACUGAGUCGUCGUUGUCGUCAUCUGGCCCAAAGAAGGAGCUGUUGAUGCGCGCACUAGUUGCUACAAGUGAAGGUGGCGAAGAUGAGGUGCUCCAAGUACAACUUGUGCCCAGACCAGUACCUAAAGCAAAAGAGGUACUGAUCAAAGUAGCCUAUGCCGGGGUCAACCGAGCGGACGUGGAAGAGACCAACCUCGGUGAGCCAACUCUUAACGAACUUGAGAAGGCCGGACUUAAAGGAAAAUAUAUGGGAGUAGAAUGUUCAGGAACAGUAUGUGCUCAUGGGGAGAUGUCCAAAAAAGACAAGCAAACCUGGAAAAUAGACACUAAGGUGUGUGCGAUUCUUGUCGGUGGUGCCUAUGCGGAGUACGUCGCUGCUCCAAUAGGACACCUUCUGAAAUUCACAACGAAGAUUCCUGUCGAGCUAGCUGCUGCUAUUCCACAAGAUGCUUGCACCGUCUGGUCGGAAUUGUUUAUGAAGAAAAGGCUAUACGAGGGGUCUGCACCGGAGGAGGAGGGAGAGGGGAGUCGGCUAUCUUCCGGAGAAACAGUUUUGAUUCAUGAAGGCUGCAGCGGAAUUGGCAUAUUUGCGAUUCAGAUGGCUAAGUACCAGGGAGCAACUGCAUUUGCAACAGCAGGUACUAACGCAAAGAUAGCUGAAUGUAGACGUCUUGGAGCUGACCUAUGCAUCAACUAUAACAAAAAUGACUUUGUUGAAGUGAUAAAGGACCGGACUAAAGGCCAAGGCGUUGAUGUCAUAUUGGAUUGUGUUGGGUGCAAUGGUUUGCAUAGAAACCUUGAAUGCUUGAAGAAAGGUGGGAGACUUGUUCAUAUUUGUGACAAUGGCCGUUGGAUGAAAAAAAUCGAUGCUUAUACAGAACUUUCAAAUUACAAACUCAUUGAUGUGGCUUCCUUGUUAUACAGAACUCCAGAGAUGAAGACCGUCAUUGUUAAGGAAGUUCAGGAGAAAGUGAUGCCUGCAAUUGAGAAUGGCGACGUGAAACUUGUGAUUCACAACCAGGUUUUUACAUUCGAAGAAGCAGCCGAGGCGCACAAACUCAAGAAAAGCAAUCUAAUCGGAAAAAUAUUGCUUCACCCUUGA